AUGAGCAAUCUCAAGCGAAAGGAUGCCCCUGGCGGCCAUCCUCCUGCUAAAUCCGCCAAGCAGUCUAAAGAGGCGAACCCAUCCAAGACCGACAAGCCAAAGCCCGCCGACGCACCGAAAAAGGCGGUUGUUUCCGUUCUCAAGGACGAGGAACCUCUUUUCCCCAGAGGCGGUGCCAACAUCCUUACGCCUCUCGAACAGAAGCAGAUUCAAUUGGAGGCCAAGGCUGAUGCUGCGCACGAGGAAGAGUUCUCCCUCGGCGGCAAGCCCCAGAAGAAGAAGAAGCGAACGGCUUCCCUCAAAAAGGCUGAAAAGAAGACUGAGUCCAAGUCUGAGGAAGACUCUGUAAAAAUUGAGAGUCUCAACUUCAAGAAACUGGUCAAAGGAUCAAUCGUUCUCGGCCAAAUCACACGGAUUAGCAAUCUCGCUCUCGAGGUCGCUUUGCCCAACAACUUGACUGGCCACGUCUCUAUCGUUGCCAUUUCCGAACAGCUUACGAACCGACUACAAGGCGACGCCAAGGAAGACAACAACGACGAAAAAGAAGACGACUCUGACGACGAAGGCGAGGAUGUCGACCCCAAGUCCAUCUUCGAGAUUGGCCAAUUUGUUCGCGCCUUUGUUUUAUCCACAGUCGACGGUGCUGUAGCCGGCAAAGGGAAGCGCAAGAUUGAGCUUUCUCUCCGCCCGGUUGAAGCCAACACCGGGCUCAACAAGGACGAUGUGGUGCCCAACUGCACUGUCGCUGCCGCUGUAGCCAGUGUCGAGGACCACGGAUGCAUCAUGGAUCUUGGAAUUGACGGGCUGAGCGGCUUCCUCCCAAACGGCGAGAUAGAAACCAAGAUGAACCGCGACCGCCUGCAAGAAGGCGCCGUCUUUCUCUGCCAGGUCACCGCCAAAAAGGGCAGUGGCAAGGUUGCUCAGCUCACCCUGAAGCAAGACAAAAUCGGCAACGUCAACAACCACCCUGCCGAUGCUACGACUAUCAACACAUUUCUCCCCGGUACCGCAGUCACCGUCCUGGUUACCGGCAAUAGCAGCAGGGGCAUCUCAGGCAAGAUUAUGGGACACGUCGAUGCCACAGCCGAUCUCAUCCACUCCGGAAUUGGUCCCUUGGGCACCGAUGUUGAAUCGAAAUACAAGAUUGGCUCCAAGGUCAAAGCCAGAAUUAUCUGCAACUUUCCCACAGCAAAGAGCCCUAAACUGGGCAUCACGCUGUUGCCGCAUCUGACAGCCCUUGCGAAGAAGCGUCCCGAAGGCCCCAAACGGUCCAGCCUCCCCCUACAAGUGCUUCCUAUUGCUUCGACAGUCGAAGCGUGCACGGUCCGUCAUGUCGAGACCGACAUGGGCUUGUUUGUGGAUGUCGGCGUUCCUGGCCUCUGUGGAUUUGUUCACAUUUCCCGCGUCAAGGACGGCAAGGUCGAUGCCCUCUACGAAUCCAGUGGCCCUUACAAGGUCGGCUCGACACACAAGGGCCGUGUUAUCAGUUACAAUGAAAUGGACAGCGUCUUCCAUCUGUCAUUCCAGAAAUCCGUUCUCGAGCAAACAUAUAUUCGCCACGAAGACGUGCCUGUCGGGACCGUCAUAACUUGCGACAUCGAAAAGAUGGUCAUCGACGAAAACGGUGUCAACGGCCUCGUUCUCAAAAUUGCCGAAGGUAUCACUGGCUUCGUCGCUGAGCGUCAUCUAUCCGACGUCAAGCUGCAGCACCCCGAGAAGAAGUUUCGCCAGGGCAUGAAGAUCAAGGCCCGCGUGCUGAGCAACGAUCUGAUCAAGAAGCGAAUUAGGCUCACUCUCAAAAAGACUCUUGUCAACUCUGAAACCCCCAUCAUCACAAAAUAUGACGAUGUCAAGGUUGGCAGCCAGGCGCUCGGCACCAUUAUUAAGCUCGAGCGAAGCGGCGCCCGAAUCCAGUUCUACGGUGAGCUGCGAGGAUUCUUGCCCAUUUCUGAGAUGAGCGAGGCCUAUAUUCGUGAUCCCACAGAGCAUUUCCGCGUUGGCCAAGUCGUCAGUGUUCAUGUGCUCGACGUUAAUCCCGAGCAAAGACGCCUGGUUGUUUCUUGCAAGGACCCCGGCGCAUUCGGUCUUGAGAAGCAAACUGCAUUGAAGGAUUUGUCGCUCGGUGACAUAGUUUCCGCCAAGGUCAUUCAAAAAUCUGAAGACCAAGUCUUUGUCGAGCUCGACGGCAGCCUGCUCAAGGCUAUUCUUCCUGUCAGCCAUCUCACCGACAAAUCCGCGUCCAAGAACCAAUUUGCGCUCAAGAAGGUGUCUGCUGGUCAGACUCUCUUCAACCUGGUUGUGAUUGACAAGAAUGACAGCCGUCGCUCUGUCAUUCUUACGCAAAAACCUAGCCUGGUUGAGGCUGCCAAGGAGGGAAAGCUGCUCAAGUCUUUCGAGCAGGCCAAGCAGGGCAAAGUACUUGCUGGUUUUGUGAGAAAUGUCACGGCGACCGCGGUCUUUGUUCAGUUCGCCGGCUCACUUCACGCACUGCUUCCUAAAGCACGUCUCUCGCCCGAGGCUCAGGCUAAGCCUAACUUUGGUCUACACAAAGAUGACUCCAUCGAAGUCCGCGUCGUAUCCACCAUCCCCGAUCUCAGCCGCAUCAUGGUCGCCCCGGCCUCUGCACCUGCUGAUCAAGAUGUCGCCGGCAAGAGCGAGAAGGCCAAGGCUGCUCCCGCUGACGGUCUCGCUUUUGGCUCCGUCACAAAGGCCAAGAUUACCUCUAUUAAGGAAACACAACUCAAUGUACAGAUUGUCGAUUCUGACGUUCAAGGCCGAAUCGAUGUUUCCAACGUCUUUGGCAACUGGGACGACAUUGCUGACCCCAAGCAGCCGCUCGCCACCUUCCACAAAGGCCAGGUGCUGCGUGUCAAGGUUGUGGGCGUGCACGAUGCUAAGGACCACCGUUUCCUGCCCAUCUCUCACAGAUCCGCUCACUCCAUCCUGGAGCUCACGGCGCGCCGAACUGACUUAGACGCCGAGACACCGAAGGAGCUCACCUUUGGCUCCCUCAAGGUCGGACAAGCUCAUAUUGCGUUUGUCAACAACUUUACGCAACAAUACCUCUGGGUCAACUUGUCCCCCUCCGUCCGUGGCCGCAUUUCUGCUAUGGAAGCAUCAGACGAUUUGUCGCAGUUGAACGACUUGGAAGGCAACUUCCCUCCUGGGUCUGCUCUCAAGGUCCACGUAACGUCUGUCAAUGCCGAAAACAGCCACCUCGAUCUUUCUGCCCGCUCUUCCUCUUCCAAGGACAUUGUAACCUGGGAUUCUAUCAAAGCUAAUAUGGUUAUCCCUGGAAAGAUCACAAAAGUCAACGAGCGACAGAUCCUUGUCAAGCUUAGCGAGUCUGUCUCUGGACCCGUCCAUCUGCCCGACAUGGCCGACAACUUUGACGAAGUCAAUACCACCCAGUACCGCAAGGGUGGCAUAGUCCGUGUGUCCGUAGUUGACGUCGACAAGAGCAACAAGAGACUACGACUCUCUAUUCGCCCUUCGCGCAUCAUGAGCUCUACUCUGCCUGUCAAGGAUAAAGAGAUCACCGAUCUCGCUCAACUGUCCUCCGGUGACAUCGUUCGAGGAUUCGUCAAGAACGUUGCCGACAAGGGCCUUUUUGUUCUGCUGGGUGGUCAGGUCUCUGCGCUGGUCAAGAUUUCCAACCUUUCCGACCGCUAUUUGAAGGAGUGGAAGGAUCAAUUCCAGGUUGAUCAGAUGGUGAAAGGUCGCAUUAUUUCUAUCGAUAAUGCCACCAAGCAAAUUGAACUGAGCCUCAAGUCGUCCGUUGUCGAUGAAGACUACACGCCUCCCGUUACCUACAAAGAUAUUUCUGUUGGCCAGAUCGUUACCGGCAAGAUCCGCAAGGUGGAGGACUUUGGUGCUUUUAUCCUGGUUGACAACUCGUCCAACGUCAGCGGUCUGUGCCAUCGCAGCCAAAUGGCCGAGAAUCCUGUGCAGGAUGCUACCAAGCUCUACAAGGAGGGUGACAUUGUCAAGGCCAAGGUCCUCGAGGUAGAUGUCAAUAAGCGCAGAAUCAGCUUUGGCUUGAAGCCGUCGCUCUUUGAGGACGAGGACACGGAUAUGGACUCUGACUCUGAGCAAGGCGCCGCUCUUGUCGACGAGGAUGACAGUGAUGAUGACAUGGAUGAGGGUGCUCUUCUCAAGCUCAUUCAAGCCCGGGCGAAUGAUGACGAUGACGAAGAUGAUGAUGAAGAGGGAGACGACGAUGAGGACGACGAUGAGGACGACGAUGAGGACGAGGAGGAGAAUGAUGAAGCUGGCAGUGACGAAGACUCGGAGAUGGACGACGCACCUGCUGGUGCUGGCCUGGGUGGUGGCAAGUCUACCUGGACGGCCGAUCCCUUUGCUGAGUCAGGCUCCGAGUCUGAGGGCGACAAGCCCAACAAAAAGGCAGACAAGACUAAGAAACGCAAGAAGAACGAGAUCGAGGUUGACAAGACAGCCGAGCUCGACACCAAUGGCCCCCAGACCUCGAGCGACUACGAGCGUUUGCUCCUGGGUCAGCCCGACUCGUCCGAGCUGUGGAUCGCAUACAUGGCCUUCCAGAUGCAGGUGAGCGAGCUGCCCAAGGCGCGCGAAGUGGCCGAGCGCGCCAUCCGCACCAUCAACAUCCGCGAGGAGACGGAGAAGCUCAACGUGUGGGUCGCGUACCUCAACCUGGAAGUCGCCUACGGCACCAAGACGACCGUCGAGGAGGUCUUUAAGCGCGCUUGCCAGUACAAUGACCCGCAGGAGAUUCAUGAGCGCCUGGCCAGCAUCUACAUCCAGUCGGAGAAGCUCAAGGAAGCCGAAGCGCUGUUCGAAGCCAUGGUCAAGAAGUUUGGCGCCAAGGCGCCCAACGUGUGGAUGAACUAUGCGCACUUCUUGCACGUCACGCGCGCCGAGCCCCCGCGCGCCCGCGCCCUGCUGCCGCGUGCGAUGCAGCAGCUCGGCGCCGCCCACGGGCAGACGGUCGUUUCGCGCUUCGCGGCGCUCGAGUUCCACUCGCCCAACGGCGAGCCGGAGCGCGGCCGCACCAUGUUCGCGGGCCUGCUUGACACGUACCCCAAGAAGGGCGACCUGUGGAACCAGCUGCUGGACCUGGAGAUGGGCAUCGAGGGCGCGCAGGCGGACCCGACGGCGGUGCGGGACGUGUUUGAGCGACGGACAAAGGUCAGGGGCCUGAAGUCGCAGCAGGCAGAGAAGUGGUUCCGCCGGUGGACGGCGUUUGAGGAGAAGAUUGACCCCAAGGGCAAGGGCAAGGUGACAGCCAAGGCGCAAGAAUGGGGGGCGGCGUUCAAGGCGCGCAAGGAGGCGGAUGCGGCAGCGGCGGUCGAUGAGGAGAUGGAGGAGUAG